AUGGUGUUAAUCGAAUCGAAUACAAUAGUUGAAUUAGAACGCAUCUUUUUGCCGUAUCUGAAUAACUGGACCUUUCCAGAAAGUCAUUUAGGCAGUUUAAUACAGGUUAUACUUCCGGGAUUUCUGUCCAGUUUUUCACACAUCUGA